AAUUACAUUAUUGCAUGAUCCCGCCGACUUCACUUUCUCUGAAGCUGAAGAUAACUAUCGAUGUUAUCUUCACAAAUCUCGUCCUUCAUAAGCACGCCACCCAUAAAGUUGUCGCCGGCCACCUCGCCGGCUUCAAUCCGGCCGUUGCUUCCGGCAAAUUCGACGGAUCUCCACCCAAAGGACCUUCGCCGGCGAAAGCACUCUCGCUGUUCCCUAACUUUUAUAUUUACACACACAAAGGCUGGUUCGGCGAAUAAAUUCCAUGCCUGGAAUCACUGUUCGCAGGGAAUAACGACAAGCGGACGAACCCAAACAAGUUCUCUGGGAUUGCGCCGAUCGCCGGCGACGAUGGAAACAAGGUCGGGUGACGCAACCGAAUCCACUUUCCGGCCGACGGUGCUGUUGACGAACGACGACGGGAUCGACGCAGUGGGCUUGCAAUACCUCGCACAGCUUCUAGUAGCGGCCAAUCGAUACCGCGUUCUAGUUUGUGCCCCCGAUGUAGAUAAUUCUGGUGUAAGUCAUAGCAUCACUUGGCGCCGUGCUGUUUCUGCAAAAAAGGUUGAAAUCAAAGGAGCUUCAGCCUAUGCAGUCUCAGGGACACCUUCAGAUUGUGCUUCUCUAGGAGUCUCCGGAGCGCUUUUUUCUGGUUUAGUUCCUGACCUGGUAAUCAGUGGCGUCAACAUUGGAAACAACUGUGGAUAUCACAUUGUAUACUCUGGUACUGUAGCUGGUGCCCGUGAGGCUUUUUUGAGUGGUGUUCCUUCCAUUGCUUUAUCAUACGACUGGGUUGGAGGUAAGAGCAACGUUCAAGAUCUGAAACUCGCUGUGGAGCUUUGCUUGCCAGUAAUAAACGCUGUAUUAAACGAGUUGAAGAAUAAGACAUAUCCAAAGGGAUCCUUUCUGAAUAUAGACGUGCCAACAGAUGUUACUAAUCAUAAGGGUUUCAAGAUAACAAAACAGGGUACUUACAUGAUAAGGAUUGGGUGGAAGCAGACGAGCCUCAAUACACCAGCUAUUGCAAGCUAUCAAACAGCAAAUCUAGAGGGAACUUUUAUGGACACUGAAAUGGAUGUCGUUUCAGAUCCAGUACAAGAUCAGUUUUUGUUCAAGAGAGUGAUUUCACGUAUUGGCUUUGGAGAAAAAGAUGACGAGGACACAGACUACCGGUCUCUCCAGAAUGGCUAUAUUACAAUUACACCCCUCGGUGCCCUCUCGCUGACAGAAAUAGAGGAUGUAACUUACUUCAAAGAUUGGUUGAGACAUUUGGUUGAUCAUUCUGCAUCCUCCUCUUCUCUGUAGCGAAGUCAGUAUAGUUGAUCUGUCUCAAUUAUUUUCUUUUCUAGAUUUGUAUCACCCUUUUUUAAUCAGGA